GCCAUUUCAAAAACAAGACAAAAAAAAAAGAUUUACGGAGAUCGGAAAUCAAUCGACAGUUUUCCAUCAAAGCGAUCGCGUGUUUUGUUUCGAUCUGUCUGCAAUGGCGUCCGAUCUGUUCACCGACAAGAACGCGGUGUUCAAAAAGCUAAAAGCCAAGUCGGAAAACAAGAUGUGUUUUGAUUGCAACGCCAAAAAUCCAACUUGGGCGUCUGUUACUUACGGUAUCUUCUUGUGCAUCGACUGCUCCUCUGUACACCGCAGUCUUGGCGUUCAUGUCAGCUUUGUGAGGUCUACCAAUUUAGACUCUUGGACUCCAGAACAGUUAAAGAUGAUGUCCUUUGGGGGAAAUAGUCGUGCCCAUGUUUUCUUUAGACAACAUGGAUGGAUUGAUGGAGGAAAGAUCGAGGCCAAAUAUACUUCUAGAGCUGCUGAACUCUAUAGGCAGUUGCUUGCCAAGGAAAUUGGAAAAAGUCCUGCUGAUGACACGGGUUUACCAUCAUCAUCUAUUGCUUCCAAGUCAUCAGAAACCUUUAAUGGUCUUCUUGAUGUCAAGCCCACCGAACCUAGAGAAAUUUCCUCAGGGAAACAAGAACCAGAUGCAUCGUCUUCGUCAAAAUCCUCCCAUACAGUUUUAACUGCAUCUAAGAAGCCUCUUGGUGCCAAGAAAACUGGAAAGCUAGGUCUUGGUGCCAGAAAACUUACUACAAAGCCAAGUGAAAAUCUCUAUGACCAGAAACCUGAAGAAAAAUCUGUGCAAGCUCCUGCCUCAAGUACUAUCACUCCUAUUGCUGCUUCACCCUCUACAACGCGUUUUGAGUAUGUAGAUGAUGUCCCAGCUGCUGCUCAAAUGAGUUCUGGAGGCACUCAAAUGAUAAGUCAUGUAGCCCCACCAAGGUCUUCAGAUUUCUUUUCUGAUUUUGGAAUGGACAGUAGCUAUCCAAAAAAAACUAGCUCCAAUUCAAGAGUUCAGAUUGAGGAGACUGAUGAAGCAAGGAAGAAGUUCUCCAAUGCAAAGUCAAUAUCAUCUGCACAAUACUUUGGAGAUCAAAACAAAGCUGCUAUGGAUGCAAAAGUUUCAUUACAGAAAUUCUCAGGUUCAGCAGCAAUAUCCAGUGCUGAUCUUUUUGGACAUGGUUCAGAUAACUCAUCAUUGGACGCCAAUGCGACAGACAUUAUUAAUAGAUUUUCCUUCCAGGCCCAACAGGAUCUGUCGUCUCUUAAGGAUAUGGCGGGAGAGACUGGGAAGAAACUCAGUAGCUUGGCCUCGACUAUAAUGACAGAUUUUGAAGACAGAAUUCUCUGAAAAACACAUUUAUCCAUCGGCAAGAACUACCUCAAUAUGGAUAUACUUAUACUCGUGUAAAUUCAAAAGGCCUAAACAUAUUGAGAACACAAAUAAAUAAAAGGUUAUGUAUAUUAUUAUACUGUCACUAUGUAUGUAUAUUUUUGAUUUCUCAAUUUUGUUGUUAUUGCUGCAUGACAGUGAUAAAGAUAGAAAUAUGUUGUGUUUUAUGAGUAAUAAAUUUGAAAGCUAAGUUG